AUGGUUAUGCCUGCUCUUUUAUUCCAGAAACCACAUCCCAAAUCUAAGGCACAAGAGCAGACUUUGUAUCUAAAUCGUAGACUUAAGCAAUGGAUGGAUGGGAAUAUCAAUGGUCUGCUAGAUGAGGGUCGUGCUAUCCAAAAACGCUUAGUCAGACAAUAUCUAAGCAGCGGUCAUCUGAUGAUACUGCGCGAGUUUCGCAAAGUUGAUGAUGCAGGGUAAAGUAUGAGUAGCACUUCGGAUAAUAUCCGAAGACAAUAGAGGAUGUCUGACCUUAGAUAGCUGUGUUGCCCCUGACAAUCCCAAGACCGUCAGACAAGUCCUGUUAAAGAAGCAUCCACUUAAUAUACCACCUGUUCAAUCGGCGGUACUAAAUGGGGAUUGCAACAUGGAACCACACCAGUUAUUUUUGAUAGGAUUGAUGGAGAGUUGAUACAGAAUACGGCCAUUAAAACAGAAGGAGCCGCAGGACCAUCUGGUCUUGAUGCAAUGACCUGGCGACGACCCUGUACAUCUUUUAAGGUUACUCUACAUGAUGGAAACCCAUUUCACCAAAAUGCUCACUGCACGCUCAAUUUUCAAGUUUUCCCCUUCAAAUUCCGCAUGCAUAGUGAUAAAAGAUUGCUGUAGCUAACGAUUUGCCAAAAAUUCUACAUCUUUAAAAACUGUACUUGCUACGGGUUGCUUUUGAAAAUAUGACGGCCUUUGCGUCACGAGAUUAGAACGCUUCUGAUUUAACUCAAAGGUCUCCCAAACAUAAUAUUUCGCGUUUUUUGACAGGUAUUGUAUUUGCUUUGAUAUAAAGCAGACAAGUUGACUCAUCUAAAUUUUGGGAGAACGGCAGAACAGAUGCCUAUAACUUGAAAAGUAUGGCACUAAAUAAAAAACGCGAACAUGGUUUUGCUCCUAUACUAUUGUUCAGCAUUGUGGCAAAGUUUGGAGGGAAUCGGAUAAAACGUGCACGUUUCUAAACUGUUUUUUGGGACAAUCUGAGAAUAUUUCAAUCCCCGUAAAAGACAAUAUUAGAUUUGGCGGGGUUUUUCCGCUCUCUGUUAUCACCUCGAACUGUAAUCGGAUUAAAAUUAGUAAAGUGUGUUUUCGCAAGGGUUUUAGGUGUCAUUCACUCAUUUUCAGUUUAUCACAAACCGUACAUGCGAGAAACCACACAAAAAAACUUGCUAAUAUGCCGGCGAAACGCAAAUGUAAGGGGGUAGCUAUACAGACCGAUCCAAACCGGCCAAAUGAAAAUGCAGUAGAAGAUCUGUCGUGCUCCACGAAGACACAAACGAGGUUGAAGGUCACACAUCCGGUAUGGUGUUCGCUAGAUAGUAUACUUCAAAAUAAGGUUUCCGUUUUUAUAACGUAGAAAAAACUAUCGUAACGCAAAACUAAACCCUAACCCUAAUACUAAACCUAACCCUAACCCCAACCUAACCCUAACCUAAACCCUAACCUAACUCUAACUUAUUUUAAAAAUAGAAUAAAAACGGAAAUCUUAUUUUGAAAUAUACUAUCUAGCAAUUGCCGUUACAUCCGGUAUCGAGUAUCAUAUUUAUCCACAUAUUGUCUAUUACAAUUACAACUUUCGCGGCAAAAGAAUCAGUGGUUAUAACAUUUUUUGUUAUAUUUCGGACGCAUUUUAAUAUUUUUGAAAAAAACUUGGGGCAAUCAAGAGAUCUCCAGCCCCUGAAUAUAAAUCAAUAAAAAUGUAAAAACUGAUGAAAUUAGUGUUUUCAUCAUAUAAUGUAACCUUAAAUCAUGUUCAGUUGGUCUAUGUGACGCUUUAGCCGUAGUUGCUAGAAGAUUCUGCACUACUCUUGUUGAUCCAUCAAGUUUAACAUCAUUUGUUGGUAGUCGCUUGAUUGCGCUUGAUAAAUGCCCUGGAGUACGUGCGGUCGGAAUUGGUUAGGUGGCUCGGCGUUUAUUAGUAAAGCGAUUGUCAGAGUGAUUGGCAACGAGAUUCAAGAAGCUACAGGUCCACUACAGACAUGUACUGCACAUUUAUCCGGUUGUGAGGCAGCUGUUCACGCUAUGCAUCAAGUGUUUGAAGAUAAGGAUGCGGAUGGUGUUAUUCUUGUAGAUGCUACCAAUGCUUUUAACUGCCUAAACCGUCAAACUGCCUUAAUUAAUAUCAAGCAUCUUUGCCCAGCACUAUCGAAGGUAUUGACAAAUACCUACAGAUAACACAUUCCUUUGUUUAUAGACAGAGAAGUAAUUUAUUGGCAAGAGGGCACUACACAAGGAGAUCCCCUUGCAAUGGCAAUGUACGCUGUUGCUAUUACACCAUACAUUGAUCCAUCGCUGUUGCUAUUACACCAUUACAUUGAUCCAUCGCCUUUCUUAAGAGAGGAUAAGGCAAGUCUGGUUUGCCGAUGAUGCCUCUGCUGCCGGGAAACUUAGCGGUAUCAAAGACUGGUGGAACAACAUCUCAAAGAUAGGACGAGAAUACGGCUAUUUCCCCAAAACAAGACCUGGCGUGUUGUGAAAGAAAGGCACUUCGAAGAAGAAAGUAGCUUUUUCAAGACACAGGAGUGAAGAUUUCUCAGGAAGGAAAGAGGCAUUUGGGUUCAGCAAUUGGAACACGUUCUUUUUUAGAAAAUUACGUUGAAGAGAAAGUGUCAACAUGGAAGGAAUUACUUGAACGUCUCUCUAACAUUGCUAUGUCACAACUACAAGCCGCUUAUGCCGCAUUCACGCAUGGUUUUAAUAGCAAAUGGACAUAUUUAGCUCGGACAACCCCGAAUAUUGACAUUUUACUCGCACAACUUGAAGAAGUUUUAAGAUGCAAGUUCCUACCAGCUAUCACAGGACAAAAUGUAUUCGAUGACAACUUUUGCAAUCUUAUGGGACUAUCAGCUCGCCUUGGAGGCCUGGGCAUCACUGAUCCUUCCCAAAAAAGCUCCACUUUCUAUGAAAAUUCUAAAUCGAUUACAGCCACAAUCGUCAAUAUCAUUAUAGAUCAAUCGAGAGUAAGUCCUCCUGAGAUUAAAAAAACUCAAAUCAAUGAGAAAAAUCAUACCCGCAACCUACAAAGACGACAUGAAAAAGCUGAAGCAAACCUGAUUGCAGAAAGAUUGCCUCCAAAUCUACAGAGAGCGAUAGAAGUUUCUACUGAGAAAGGAGCUUCCACAUGGCUUACCGCGCUUCCGUUGUCUGACUAUGGCUUCAGCCUACAUAAAGGAUCUUUUCGAGAUGCAUGACCUAUGUCUAAGAUAUGGAUGGCUUCCUCAGCAUCUUCCUUCCCGCUGCGUCUGUGAUCAGAAGUUCACAAUAGAGCAUGCCUUUAAAUGCUCACGAGGAGGCUUUCCCUCAAUCCGACACAACGAGAUAAGAGAUAUUACUGCUGAUUUUUUGAUGGAGGUAUGGAGUUGGUGUCGAACCAGGCCUACAACCUGUAACUGAUGAAGCGUUUUCAUAAAGAUCAGCAAAUAGAGAAGAUGGUGCUCGACUGGAUGUUGUAGCAGAAAGUUCCUGUGGUCGCGAUCGGCAACGUGCAUUUUUGACGUCACGGUGUUCAACCCUUUCGCACCGAGCUAUCGAAACACCUCCCUCUCUCAAUGCUAUCGUAAGAAUGAACUGGAAAAAAGAAGAGCGUGUGACGAAAGAAUUAGAGAAGUAGAACACAGGUCAUUUUCUCCGCUGGUCUUCUCGACAGCUGGUGGUAUGAGUGCCACUGCAAACAUGGUCUACAAAAGAAUAGCAUCCUUGAUCGCUGAAAAACACGGCAAGCCAUAUAGCAAGACAAUAAACUGACUUAGCUUUUCAUUGUUACGAUCAGCGAUAAUGUGCCUAUGUGGAUCCAGAUCUUCCCACCACAAUCCAAUUAAUUCCUUUGGUUGGGAGAUUGAACAAGCACUAGUUGAAGGACGUGUAUCUUGCUAAACAAAAUAUAAACUGUAAUUGUAUAGGAACAUACGAACUCGUUUGAAAAACCAAUAAACAGAUGCAACUAAUCGUUUAACUUUAAACAUUUUUUUAUUGUAACUAUAAUUUUAAUGUGUAUUUUUAAUAAAAGUUCUUAUAUCCUUGUCUUUAAAAAAAAAAUUAAAAAAGCUCCCUAGACUCCGAGCGGAGCUCCAUAGGCCCCGCGCGGAGCUCCAUAGGCUCCAAGCGGAGCUCCAUAGAUUCGGAGUCGAGCUCCCUAAGCUCGGAGACAGCUCCUUAGGCUCCAACCAGAGCUCCAUAGGCUCGGAGCUGAGCUCCAUAGGCUCUGAGCCGAGUCUAUGGGGCUCUGCUCGGAGCCUAAGGAGAUGGCUCCGAGCCUAUGGAGCUCGGCUCUCAAUAUUCUUCGGAAGUAAUAAACCGAGAAACAUUUACCGGUUUACGAUUUGUUAAAUGCUAUCCAUGUAAAUGCCAUGAUUUCGUUAAUCAGUUUAUACUGACAAUACAAUUAUAUUAUAUGUAAGGUAUGGGCUACCUGUAGCGGACAUGCGCAGUAACAGAGAGAUUGAGACAGCAUGUUGAGAUUCUAGUUUGGUUGUUUUCGACUGUUUUAAGACAUAUAAUAACCUUUAUUAGAAUGCUUUAAUAGACAUAAUACAAUUCGUCGUAUUGUUAUUACACUGGUGGCAGCGGUGGGAUCGAACAAGACGGUUCUUCCGGAAAACAAGUUCUCAGGAGAGGAGGAUAUUCGAGAAUGUCUACACGAUUUUGAAAUAUUUGUUGCUGUGAACGAAUGGUCGGAUGUGAAAGCUGGGCAAAAUUUGGCAGUGUUUUUGAAAGAUGAUGCGAAGGCAUUUUAUCAUCAACAAUCGGACACGGUAAGGAAGAGUUACAAAGAGCUUUCACAGGCUUUGAAAGAAAGAUACGAGGGGGGCUUGGCAUUGUUAAAGUAUAAGAAAGAGUUUAAUGCCAGAAAUAGAAAGGACGGUGAGACGUUACAUUCUUAUUUGUCGGAUUUGAGAUUGUCGUACGAAAGAGCAUACAGUCCACCUAUAGUAGAUCCAUUGCCUGCAGAUGCAAAUGCAGCUCAGAAAACAGAACAUACCAAGCAAGAAGGAGCUUUAGUUUUUUACAACAGGAGAAAAGUUGAGGAUAUAUUAUGCCAAUUUGUAAAUGGAUUGGGGAAAGAGCUGAGAGAAGUUUUGAUACGUCAAGAUGAUUUACUCAAGAAAUCUGUAGAAAGCGUCCUUAAGCAAAUAUCCACCUUGGAGGAAGAACAAGGUAUUACCAGAAGAGUUUCUGCUGCACAGAGAGAAGGAAAACUGGAGUGUCACGUGGACGGUGCACAAAAGGUAGAAGAAGUGGCACACCAACAACCCAGUCUGGAAAACAAAUUAGAUGAAAUCCUCAAGAAUCAGCGUACCUUCCAAGCUGCAGCGGUUAAAGAGGGAGGUAACAGAUUUCCAGGAAAACAGAGGCCUGGUCUCAAACCCUCCGAUAUCUGCAGGGCAUGUAACGGUCGUGGACAUUGGGCACGCAACUGUCCUUCUUUAAACGAAGGAGGGGCUGGAUGCAGACCCCCGGUCCAGCCCUAAAGAGUCAGAAAGUGGUCAUGUACCCAUAUGGAAGCCCCAUACCACAAACUAAGAUUAGUACAGUACAGACCACCAGAGCACAAAGGGGAAGCUAUCAUGUGGAAGGAAUUGUAAAUGGGCUCAGAACAAAUUCUCUGGUAGAUACUGGGGCGGAAGUUAGUUUAAUAUGCGCAACUGUUCCUGGUUUAGAAGUUAGAGAAUCCUGCAUAGCACCAGUUUCAACUAACUAACCAACCUAUUACAGUUCAAGGUGAAACUGACGUGAAUCUUAGUUUAGGGUCGUUAAAAACUAGUUGGAAAUUUUUGGUUGUGGACAACCAUAAAGAGUCUGUUUUGGGAGCAGACUUUACAGAAAGUCAUUAUACUACUUCAUGGGGUAUUGCAGAUAACAAAUUGUGGUUUGAUGACGUAGGGAUACCACUAAUGGGUAUUAAAAACGCUGGUAUGGUGAGAGAUGACAACCACUCACCAGUGGUAGCUAAAUGCAUUGUGGAACUACCACCUCGGCACCAAGCAAUAAUCCCCAUGCGUACUAAAAAUAAGAGUUGUAAAAGAGGUUUAUUUGAACCAACUAAAACACCAGGUGGUGUAUUAUUGAGGAAAACAGCAGUAGAAGGAGGAAAAGAUGGACGUUUUUGGGUUAGAGCUGUAAAUUUGACUUCUAAUCCUGUCACACUAUACAAAGAUCAAAGAAUCGGGAUCAUUUCAGAGAUCGAGGACAUGUCAGAACCACUUCAUCUUAAUCCGAGGGAAGAAACAUCUACAGUUUCCAAUGUCAGAACAGAUCAUGGUUGUGCAACAAGUAUGUUAAGUGAAAUUGGUGUGGACUUGAGCAAGAAUGAGUUGAAUUCAUUCCAGUCAAAGCAAUUAGAGGAACUGAUACUGUCAUACUCUGACAUCUUCUCCAAGAACAAGAGAGAUUUAGGAAAGUGCAAGCUCGGAGUGAAACAUCACAUCCAUCUAAAGCAAGAGGCUGUCCCGGUCAAACAGCCUUUAAGACGAAUCCCAGUUGGAUAUCGAGAGGAAGUAAGAAAUGAUCUGAAAACAAUGCUAAUGAUGGUGUCAUUGAGAAAUCGUCAUCAGAAUGGGCUAGUCCAUUAGUCCUUGUGCGAAAACCUUCAGGAGACCUAGGAAUUGGUGUGGAUUAUAGAAAACUAAAUGAAGUUACAGCUGUAACCAGUUACCCCUUGUCUAACAUUACCGAGACACUGGACCGUUUAGCAGGGGCUUCAUUUUUCAUCUCUAUAGAUAUGACCUCAGGAUACCAAGUGGAAAUUGCAGAUGAGGACAAAGACAAGACAGCUUUUACAUCACCAUAUGAACUAUACCAGAUUGCAGAAUGCCGUUUGGACUUGCAG